GAGUUGCCUGGGCACAUGGAGAAGCAGUUCAUGAAGCCCCUGGCAUUGGCUGCUAUCAGAAGACAGGACGCUGGGCGAGAUGGUCUGACUCUGGCUGGCUGUUCUCAUAACGGGCAGGCUGCACCAGAAGACGGGGGGAGACCGCCAUCAAAGGCGAAGUCGGACAUCUCUUGGAUAGAGACAGACCUGAUAGACUCAGACUCGGCCGAUAAGGGAGAAGGGAUUGUGAAGGAAUUUAACAUCACGCACCAUGUGAAGGAGGGCUCCGAGAAAGGUGACCCUUCGCAGUUUGAACUUCUCAAAGUUCUGGGCCAAGGCUCCUUUGGCAAAGGCUUUUUAGUAAGGAAAGUCACCCCCCCCGACAACGGCCACCUCUAUGCCAUGAAGGUCCUGAAAACAGCAACCUUGAAAGUGCGCGACCGGGUACGGACCAAAAUGGAGCGGGACAUCUUGGCUGAUGUGAACCAUCCCUUUGUGGUGAAACUGCACUAUGCUUUCCAGACAGAGGGCAAGCUCUAUCUCAUCUUGGAUUUCCUGAGAGGGGGAGACCUCUUCACUCGGCUUUCCAAAGAGGUGAUGUUCACAGAGGAGGAUGUGAAGUUCUAUCUGGCGGAGCUGGCUCUGGGGCUUGAUCACUUGCACAGCCUGGGAAUCAUAUACCGAGACCUCAAACCAGAGAACAUCCUCUUGGAUGAAGAAGGACACAUCAAACUCACAGAUUUUGGUUUGAGUAAAGAAGCCAUUGACCACGAGAAGAAAGCGUAUUCCUUCUGCGGGACAGUCGAAUACAUGGCGCCAGAAGUUGUGAAUCGCCAGGGCCACACCCACAGCGCUGACUGGUGGUCGUAUGGGGUUUUAAUGUUUGAAAUGCUCACUGGAUCCCUGCCGUUCCAGGGCAAAGACCGCAAGGAAACGAUGACCUUCAUUCUCAAAGCGAAGCUGGGCAUGCCCCAGUUCCUGAGCUCCGAAGCACAGAGUCUCCUGAGAUCCCUUUUCAAAAGGAACCCAGCCAACCGGCUAGGUUCUGGCUCAGAUGGGGCAGAAGAGAUAAAGCGUCACCCUUUCUACUCAACCAUUGACUGGAAUAAGCUUUAUCGCCGGGAGAUCAAACCGCCUUUCAAACCUGCUGUGGGCCGACCAGACGACACCUUUUAUUUUGACACAGAGUUCACGUCUCGGACACCGAAAGACUCUCCCCUGAAUUCAGUGGUCCAGCAGCUGCACGGGAAGAGCCUGCAGUUUAGCGAUGGCUACAUGAUAAAGGAGACGAUCGGCGUGGGCUCCUAUUCCGUGUGUAAACGCUGCGUUCAUAAAGCCACCAACAUGGAAUACGCCGUCAAGGUCAUCGAGAAGAGUAAGCGAGACCCUUCGGAGGAGAUCGAGAUCCUCCUGCGGUACGGCCAGCACCCCAACAUCAUCACCCUGAAAGACGUGUAUGACGACGGGAAGCACGUUUACCUGGUGACCGAGCUGAUGAGAGGAGGGGAGCUGUUGGACAGGAUCCUCAGACAGAAGUAUUUCUCCGAGAGGGAGGCCAGUUCUGUGCUGCACACGAUCUGUAAAACUGUCGAGUAUCUGCAUUCUCAAGGGGUGGUUCAUAGAGACUUGAAACCCAGCAACAUUCUCUAUGUCGAUGAGUCUGGAAACCCACAGAGCAUCCGCAUUUGUGACUUUGGCUUUGCCAAGCAGCUGAGGGCAGAGAACGGCCUUCUCAUGACCCCUUGCUACACUGCCAACUUUGUGGCCCCAGAGGUACUAAAACGCCAAGGCUACGACGAAGGGUGCGACAUCUGGAGUUUAGGGAUUCUCCUCUACACGAUGCUGGCAGGAUACACUCCUUUUGCAAACGGGCCCAGUGACACCCCGGAGGACAUCCUGAUUCGAAUAGGUGGAGGGAAGUUUACUCUCAAAGGGGGAAACUGGGACACAGUUUCUGAGGCAGCCAAGGAUCUAGUAUCAAAGAUGCUCCAUGUUGAUCCUCACCAGCGCCUGACAGCCAAGCAAGUCCUGCAGCAUCCCUGGAUAACGCACAAGGACUCCUUACCCCAGAGCCAGCUGAGACACCAGGAUGUGCAGCUUGUAAAGGGAGCCAUGGCGGCAACGUACUCCGCGAUCAACAGCUCCAAGCCAAGCCCCCAGCUCAAGCCCAUUGAGACCUCCAUUCUCGCCCAGAGACGGGUGAAGAAGCUCCCCUCCACCUCCCUGUAGGGGGAACGUGGGCAGCCCAUGGCCCUCCUGACAUUGCACAAGCUGCUGAGACGGGAGGCAGGAAAACCACUCCAGCAAAGAAACCCGUUUGCAGACGCUUCCUCGAAGCACAUCAAGGCCAAGUGCCUUUCUGCUUCCGAAAGACUAGCUCUUCUCCCGGCAGACUUGCCUGGCCGGGCAGCCGUUCACUGUAAAACCUUUUUUAAAAAGUGUAAAUCGAUACCAUUUUUAAAGGGAUCCAUUUGUGUAUAUGAGAACUAGAAUGUAUAAUGCGUGUAAUGAUGUCACUAAAGAGCAGAUCUGAUUUGACUUGUCCUGUGAAGGGCCAGAUAUUGGUCCUAGACACAUCACCUUUCACCUCUGAUUUGGGGUUCAGGGCUGGUGCAGCUGGAAGUCUUCUCCCCUCAACCUUAAAAAAUAGUUUUUGUACCUUCCGCAAGUGUCAAACUAACAGCUGUUCUGUCCAAAGCCCCUAGCAGAGAAGCUGUUCAUAUAACUUUCUUCACCCCUUGUUUGUGUUCAGCUUGUAAAACCUAUUUUUAAAUGUCAUCCGGUAGGUUUUGGUUUUCCCCCACAAGCCACAUGGCUGCUGUAAGAGUGCAUAAGCCAUUUUAAGCACCCGCUUGGGUGUUAAACUGUCCCAGAUACCUGCAGGAUCUGUACCAUUCCUCCUUUUUCCUCCUUUGUUCAGGACUCUUUCAGAUGAACAGAUGCUGGUAGGGAAAAUAUUCUCUGUUGUGAAGUUAAGUCUUUUGAGUUGGCUUUGGUUUCUCACUUUUUUAUUUUUGUUUUACUUUGAACCAUCCAGGAAUCCAUGAUGCUGAGCAAAAAAAAAAAAAGUAUUUAAUUUUUGUUCUAUGGCUGGUAACUCAGGGUUUCUGUCUGAACUUUAUAAUAAACAUGUCAUUCAGUUGAAGUUAUUUUGCUGA